AUGUUCAUUCGACAUACUAUCAGACGACAUAUAUCCAGCAAGAAGAACCUGUCAUCAUUCUUGGAGCAGACUGAUAAAGAUAUAAGCUCAACUGUAUAUCGCGGCACCUUGUUCGAAUUGCAAACCUUAGAAACAUUAGCAACAGCAGCAGGGAUGGAUUUAGAGCAUGUUGGAGGAAAGAGUGAUCGAGGCAUCGAUCUAAGAGGACAGUGGUUCAACAAUAUCAACAUUCUCGUACAAUGUAAAAACACAAAGCAAGGAUGUACACCUGACCAAAUCCGAGAACUAAUAGGCACCGUAGCUUCCUCGACUUCACCUAACAGAAGAAAAAUCAUUGGCAUCUUGUCAACAGUGAACCGCAAACAAACAAACAAUAAUCAAUUCACCCCUGAUGUGCUUCAGCAGUUCAGAGCAAGCACUAUCGCAUUAGGUUUGGUUACAAUCGAGAACACCACGCUGAAAUCAAUCAUGUUCAAUAAGAAAGCGCAGGCCAUGUUGAAAGGAUUGUCUAUCUCAACUCUGUACAGUCCCUUGGGAGAUGAAGUUCUUGUUGUCAAUAUACCAUCAGACAAUGAACAAUAA